GGGCCCUGGCGACCCCCAGGAGAUACCCCUCUCAGAGUCGCAGUCUUUGCAUCGACAUUCUCGCAGGUCGCAUUUAACAGCUCCACAGGCUGGAGAUAGCUAUAUAAUAUGCAGUUGGGCCUCCAAAUUCCAAUGAUGCGGAAUCCGGACCAACCAACAACGAAAGGUUGUCAGGAGAACCAACCAACCAUCAGAUUGGGGGCGAAAAGCUGUCGGACCAUCGGCAACAUGCAUGAAAUGGACGAGUGGCGCAGUCUUAUUUAUAGCUUUUGUGAUUACUGUUGGCGACAUGAAUGUCAACGCCAUCCAUCAAGGGCCCAAGGGGGAGUUUCGUGCGGUGCGAUUGCGGGGUUCCUGGGGGCUGUGAUAGGAUGGGCUGUGGGAGUUGGCGCUGAGCUGCUGACGGGAUCCUGGUCCGUCCAAACCCGGGGAGUUGGGGACCAUGACGCCGUUUGUUUAUUCAUUAAUGAACAGACAAAAGCUCCCUCAGAUAAUUAAGAAUCUUUCCAUUUCUUGUGCCUCUUCUCUUCCUCGGAGCUUCACAUUUGCAUACAUCUUGGCUAUCAUCUUGACUAUCAUCUUGAAGUCUACUGACGACCGGACGAGACGACCCGAGCAGCAGAACAUGGUCACAAAGCUACUGGAAAAGGUCCAGCAAAAAGUCGAAUCAAUGGCCUCACAGAAUUACUACGGAACUGGCGACCAGAAGCCACCUGCAAACUACGACUCUGGGUUUGGUUACGGUCAGCAAGAUCAGGCUGCUCCCUACGGGCAGCCUCCGGCGCCGCAGGGGUAUCCUCCUCAGAACUAUGGCCAGCCCGCCGAACUACCCUAUACGCAGGCAGGUUUGCAUCCUCCCCAGGGCUAUGCAGCUGGCUUCGACCCCGCACCGGGCCCAACCUCCGAAAAGGCCCAGUAUCCGCCGGGACCUCAUCCUGCCCAGCAGCAAUUCGGGGGUUAUCCGCCCCAGGACCAUCCGCAGCAGGGAUACCCUCCGCAGGGAUACCCGCCGCAAGGAUUCCCGCCGCAAGGAUACCCGCCGCAAGGAUACGGGUCUCAGCCGGGCCAAGGCUACCACGCCGCGGGUUCGGCUUCUUCCGCAGUGGGCGGAGACCGGGCCCAGUUGAUGGCCGGAUUAUCGGGCAAGGACCGGGAAAAGGCCGAGUUCCUGGAGAACAAGAUCGUUAGGAAGCGGGGGAAGAAGGCGGCGAAGAAAGCGAGAAAGGAAGCGAAGAAGGCGGCACGGGGUUAUGGUGGGCAUAGCAGCACGGAUUCUGACAGUGAGGGUGACUUGAGACGACUUCGG